AAAACCCUUGAAUUAUUUGUUGGCAAAAUCCAAGUGUUAUAUAUAAGGAAGAAAAGAAUUGUUGUAUGCAGUUGCUGGCAAUUUCAGAUCAGACCUCAAAACUUUGAAAUUGAAAUCACGUGACAUAUUGCUUGCAAUUUGGAUUUCUUGCAUCUUCUGGAAAAGAGAAGGAAAAUCGCAAACUCAAUCUCGGUUCUUAUUAAUAAAGGGGUUUUAUAUUCGCAAAGACAGACUAUCACACAGUCGUUAGAAAGUAACGGACGACCAUAAUGCUGCCACGUAGCCAUUGCACUGGCAUCUGUCGAGAACCCACGAUGUCGACGUGCAUGUAUAUUUUGCUGCCCUUUCGCCUUUGCCUUCGCCUUAACCCUGAUUCUUUGCUCUUCACAUAAACUCCUCGUCUGCUCCGAAACUGAUCAUAUUAAUUCCUUGCUUUCUUUUUUCAACGACAACUCACGGUUCCAUCUUUUCAGAGCUUCAUCAACUAUAUAAGUUUCCUUGUUUUUGAUUUUCUUUCCUUCCUCAUCAAUCAAGAGUAAAGAAAAAGCUUGGAUGGCUGAUUGGGGACCGGUGGUGAUAGCAGUGGUGCUUUUUGUGCUGUUAAGUCCAGGGUUGGUGUUUCAGUUGCCAGGGAGGAGCAGAGUCGUGGAGUUUGGGAACAUGCAAACGAGUGGGAUUUCGAUUCUUGUCCAUGCCAUAAUCUUCUUCGGACUUAUCACCAUCUUCCUCAUCACCAUAGGCGUUCACAUCCACACUGGAUAGCCACCUACUUUUAGAACUCGACCUUCUCACUUCUCCAUUUGGUUCUUUUUAUUAUUGCUAUUAUUAUAGUAUCAAAAUCUCGUGAUUUGUAUUUCGUUUCAGGAUCUGGUCCUUUUUUGCGUUAUUGUUUAUCCUUCUUAUUAGUUAAUGUACUCCUCCCGGAGAAAGUGAUGGCUUGCUUUUGUUGGUUGUUAAUUUUGAUCUGUUACUCUCAAUGCGCUUUGUAAUGCAAUUGCAGUUGUAGAAAUGAUUGGACAAAUAGCAAGAUGGAGCUUGUCGUGUUUUGACUCCGUCUCUGCCUUCGGCAAGAUAUCCGAUUGCCUAUGCUCUUGCCCCACUAACUGCCCAUCAGAACUUUGUUUUCACUGUGUUAA